CACUGCCAGUCACUGAGCAACUUUGCUUGCGGUUUCAUUUUUGAUGGGAGUGGACAUUUCAAGACGAAAACAACAAAAGGCGCAGUCAUUUUGCUUUUUUAAAGCCUACAAAACCCGAAAAAACGACAAAUUGACCCGUUUCUUUGUAUUUGUUUCCUCGUUGAAUGUGAAAAAUCUGAUGACGCCAUCUACAGCUGUGUGCCUGACUCAUGCUGAGCAGCAUUCCGUGGUAAGCAGUUAGUGGGUGGGACAGGUGACAGGCAACAGGCCGGGCAAGUGACGGGAAAACCUAACCCGUAACUUGUGGGCGUGGUUUAGGUUUGACUGCGUAUCCCCAACCAGAAGCCUUGUGUAUUAUUCCUCUCCAGAGGCUUCCUGCGCAGAGGGCACUUCUUACAGCACCAACUUCCUCAGCAGUGAAACCUGUUGAACAAGCAUGAUGGUGAACUGCUGUGGUCUGCUCACAGCCAGUAAGGAACCAGUUCCUCUAAAGAGCAUAGAGGUGGAGGUGGAGGUGAGGGACCAUGUGGCUACAGUGGUCUCCACUCUGAACUAUGAGAACAAGGAAGACAAACCAAUAGAGGCAAUAUUUGUCUUCCCUCUGCCUGGAGAUGCUGCUGUCUGUCAUUUCAGUGCUAAGAUUGGACAAAAAGAGAUUGUAGCUGAGGUGAAGGAGAAACAGAAGGCUCGAGAGGAGUAUGAUGAUGCACUGAGCUCCGGUCAGCAGGCCUUCCUGUUGGAGGAGAGUGAGCAGAGUCCAGAUAUAUUCUCUCUGAGUGUGGGCAGCCUGCCUCCACGAGAGAGUGCCUCCAUCAGGCUGGAGUACGUCACUGAGCUGGCUGUGCAGGCUGAUGAUGGGCUGAGGUUUUGUCUGCCUGCUGUGCUCAACCCUCGCUACCAACCUCAGGGGAGUGAAGGGAGUGAAGUUGCCAUUGUCAAGGUGACCUCUGUCCCAGCCUCUCUGGUGCCCUACAGUCUGUCUUUCUCUGCCCGACUGUCCUCUCCUCGUCCAGUCUCUAAAGUAGAGUCCAGCUGUUCCCUGGAUCCUCUCCAGUACCUCAACACAGAGCAAACCCAGGCCACGGUCAAGUUGGCUGCAGGACAUAAGUUUGACAGAGAUGUUGAACUGCUGAUUUAUUACAAAGAUGCCCACCAGCCCACUGCUGUGGUGGAGGCAGGACAGGCGUCUGCCAAGCCUGGCACUCUGAUGGGUGAUCCAGUAGUGAUGCUGAGCCUGUACCCUGAGUUCCCCCAGGCUGUGAUGUCUUCAGUCGCCUCACGUGGAGAGUUUGUGCUCUUAUUGGAUCGAUCUGGCAGUAUGGAAUCGCCUAUGGACAACACUGAGAGUCAGGAUCGCAUUGGCAGUGCCAGGGAUACUCUGCUGCUCUUGUUGAAGAGCUUACCAAUGGGCUGCUAUUUCAACAUCUACAGUUUUGGGUCCACCUACGAACGCAUCUUCCCUAAAAGUGUGGAGUACAAUGAGGAGACCAUGGAACAGGCUCUGAAGAAAGUUGAAGCGAUGGACGCUGACCUGGGAGGAACAGAGAUCCUUGAGCCCCUCAAAGAAAUUUACAGUCAGCCAACCAUUCCCAAUCAACCUAGACAACUAUUUGUCUUUACUGACGGAGAGGUGGAGAACACCAAACAAGUCAUCAAUCUGGUGAAGAAGAAUUCAGGUUCCCACAGGUGUUUCUCUUUUGGGAUUGGGGAAGGGGCCAGCUCUGCUCUUAUCAACGGGUUGGCCAAGGAAGGAGGAGGUCACGCUCAGUUCAUCACAGGGAAAGAGAGGAUGCAGCCUAAAGUGAUGCAGUCGCUGCGAUUUGCUCUGCAACCAGCUGUGGUAGACGUCUCAGUCAACUGGGAUGUGCCAAAGGGAGUCUCUGUCACUGCUCUCUCUCCACCAAUCACAGCACUUUUCCAGGGUCAGAGGUCACUGAUUUAUGCCCAGCUGACUGGACAGAGUUCAGAGGCAGCAGAGGGCUGUGUGACGGUGAAGUACAGCCUGGCAGGUCAUCCCUCUCAGAACCAGCUCCACUUCAAUCUCACGCCUGCAGAGGACACUGGAUUAACAGUCCACAGGUUGGCUGCUCGGACUCUGAUUCGCUCCCUGGAGAUGGAGGAGAAAGAGUGCACAGGAGAGCAAGGUGAAGGAGUGAAGAAGAAAGUGGUGGAGGUCAGUGUCCAAUCAGGAGUGAGCAGCGUCUUCACUGCCUUCAUUGCUGUCAACAAAGGCGAUGGCGAGGCGAUUCAGGGACCUCUGGUGCGCAGAAAUGUUCCAACACCAAUGAUGAUGGCCUGUAGUAUGCCUAUGCCUUCGAUGUGGUGUGCUAAAAUGUCGAUGGACUGUGAUAUGGGACCUACUCCGAAGUGUAGGAGCAAAUCUAAGAGUGGCAGUCGAUCAUUUUUCUCUGGUAAGAAGAAGAAGCAAGCUGCCAUGCCGACACCACAAGAGUGCUCAGUCAAAAUUUCACCCAAGCAGCCACCCAGAGACCCUUUGCUGCAGUUGAUCUCCCUCCAGAAGGCGUCUGGCAGCUGGGAGCUGGAUUCAGCUCUGGCUGCUGCACUGGGAAAAACCAGCAAGGAGGUGGAAAAGCCAAAGCCUGCAUCGGUGAACCAGGAAGUGUGGGCCACCAUUCUGGCUCUGAUCUGGCUUCAUGGCUCCAAGAUGGAUGCUCAGGAUGAGUGGGAGCUUCUGGCCAUGAAGGCUGUGUCAUGGCUCCGUGCUCAGAAUGAACCAAGUGUGACAGAGUGUAUGGAAGCUGGAAAUACUCUGUUGGGUUUCAAGGUGAAGAAAGAUGCCCUGGGACUCUGAAGUUUCAUUGAAGGAGUUUCUCUUUAGGAUUGGUACCCUGAAGCAGAUUCACUUCAUCAACACUGCACCAUACCAUCUGCCUAGUAACAGUUAAAUCCCAUUCUUUUCUGUUUUCAUUUGGCGUUUCUCCUCGUUGAUAUGUUUAUUGGUCUUUUUAAUCAGAACAAAUUUGGUUUAUCAUUGUAAAAGUAAAUAAAGUAAAUUUAAACUUGAA